AUGGUCCUUCUGCUGAUCCUGUCAGUCCUGCUGUUGAAAGAAGAUGUCCGAGGGAGCGCCCAGUCCAGCGAGAGAAGGGUGGUGGCUCACAUGCCGGGCGACAUCAUCAUCGGAGCUCUCUUCUCGGUCCACCACCAGCCCACCGUGGACAAGGUGCACGAGAGGAAGUGCGGGGCGGUGCGCGAGCAGUACGGCAUCCAGCGCGUGGAGGCCAUGCUGCACACGCUGGAGCGCAUCAACAGCGACCCCACGCUGCUGCCCAACAUCACGCUGGGCUGUGAGAUCCGGGACUCCUGCUGGCACUCGGCCGUGGCCCUGGAGCAGAGCAUCGAGUUCAUUCGGGACUCCCUCAUCUCCUCCGAGGAGGAGGAGGGCCUGGUGCGCUGCGUGGACGGCUCCUCCUCUUUCCGCUCCAAGAAGCCCAUCGUAGGCGUCAUCGGCCCGGGCUCCAGCUCCGUGGCCAUUCAAGUCCAGAACUUGCUCCAGCUUUUCAACAUACCUCAGAUCGCUUACUCGGCCACCAGCAUGGACCUGAGUGACAAGACCCUGUUCAAGUACUUCAUGAGGGUUGUGCCUUCCGAUGCCCAGCAGGCUCGAGCCAUGGUGGACAUCGUGAAGAGAUACAAUUGGACCUACGUGUCUGCUGUGCACACUGAAGGCAACUAUGGAGAGAGUGGGAUGGAGGCUUUCAAAGACAUGUCAGCCAAGGAAGGGAUCUGCAUUGCCCACUCCUACAAAAUCUACAGCAACGCCGGGGAGCAGAGCUUUGACAAGCUACUGAAGAAGCUCAUGAGUCACUUGCCCAAGGCGCGUGUGGUGGCCUGCUUCUGUGAGGGCAUGACAGUGCGCGGUCUGCUGAUGGCCAUGAGACGCCUGGGUCUAGCUGGAGAAUUCCUGCUUCUCGGCAGUGACGGCUGGGCUGACAGGUACGAUGUGACGGAUGGGUAUCAGCGAGAAGCUGUGGGUGGAAUCACCAUCAAGCUCCAGUCUCCCGAUGUCAAGUGGUUUGAUGACUAUUACCUGAAACUCCGGCCAGAAACAAACCUUCGGAACCCUUGGUUUCAGGAAUUCUGGCAGCAUCGCUUCCAGUGCCGUCUGGAAGGAUUUGCACAGGAGAACAGCAAAUACAACAAGACUUGCAAUAGUUCCUUGACUCUCAGAACACAUCAUGUUCAAGACUCCAAAAUGGGAUUUGUGAUCAAUGCGAUCUACUCUAUGGCCUAUGGACUCCAUAACAUGCAGAUGUCCCUCUGCCCCGGCUACGCAGGGCUUUGCGAUGCCAUGAAACCCAUCGAUGGGCGGAAACUCUUGGACUCCCUGAUGAAGACCAAUUUCACUGGAGUUUCUGGAGACAUGAUCCUAUUUGAUGAGAAUGGAGACUCUCCCGGAAGGUAUGAAAUAAUGAAUUUCAAGGAAAUGGGAAAAGAUUAUUUUGAUUACAUCAAUGUUGGAAGUUGGGACAAUGGAGAGUUAAAAAUGGAUGACGAUGAAGUAUGGUCCAAGAAGAACCACAUCAUCAGAUCUGUGUGCAGUGAACCGUGCGAGAAAGGCCAGAUAAAGGUGAUCCGGAAGGGAGAAGUUAGCUGCUGCUGGACCUGCACACCUUGUAAAGAGAACGAGUAUGUGUUUGAUGAGUACACCUGCAAGGCCUGCCCGCUGGGGUCGUGGCCCACGGAUGACCUGACAGGCUGUGAUUUGAUUCCGGUGCAGUACCUUCGCUGGGGAGACCCCGAGCCCAUCGCCGCGGUGGUGUUUGCCUGCUUGGGCCUGCUCGCCACGCUGUUUGUUACCGUCAUCUUCAUCAUUUACCGGGACACUCCAGUAGUCAAGUCCUCCAGCAGGGAGCUCUGCUACAUUAUUCUUGCUGGCAUCUGCCUUGGCUAUUUAUGUACCUUUUGCCUCAUUGCAAAGCCCAAACAGAUCUAUUGCUAUCUUCAGAGAAUUGGCAUUGGUCUCUCCCCCGCCAUGAGCUACUCGGCCCUGGUAACCAAGACCAACCGUAUCGCCAGAAUCCUAGCUGGCAGCAAGAAGAAGAUCUGCACGAAAAAGCCCAGGUUCAUGAGUGCUUGUGCCCAGUUAGUGAUUGCUUUCAUCCUCAUCUGCAUCCAGCUGGGCAUCAUCGUGGCUCUGUUUAUCAUGGAGCCUCCGGAUAUCAUGCACGACUACCCGAGCAUUCGGGAAGUCUACCUGAUCUGUAACACCACCAACCUCGGCGUCGUCACUCCUCUCGGAUACAAUGGGUUACUGAUUUUGAGCUGCACUUUCUAUGCGUUCAAGACGAGAAACGUGCCGGCCAACUUCAACGAGGCCAAGUACAUCGCCUUCACCAUGUACACCACCUGCAUCAUCUGGCUGGCCUUCGUGCCCAUCUACUUCGGCAGCAACUACAAAAUCAUCACCAUGUGCUUCUCGGUCAGCCUGAGUGCCACCGUGGCCCUCGGCUGCAUGUUUGUGCCCAAGGUGUACAUCAUCCUUGCCAAACCCGAGAGGAACGUGCGCAGCGCCUUCACCACGUCCACCGUGGUGCGCAUGCACGUCGGUGAUGGCAAGUCUUCCUCGGCCGCCAGCAGGUCCAGUAGCCUCGUCAACCUGUGGAAGAGGAGGGGCUCUUCUGGGGAAACCCUAAGGUACAAAGACAGGAGACUGGCCCAGCACAAGUCGGAAAUAGAGUGUUUCACCCCCAAAGGGAGUGUGGGGAAUGGUGGGAGAGCAACCAUGAGCAGCUCCAACGGGAAAUCCGUGUCGUGGGCGCAGAACGAGAAGAGCAGCCGCGGGCAGCACCUGUGGCAGCGGCUGUCGGUCCACAUCAACAAGAAGGAGAACCCCAACCAGACGGCGGUGAUCAAGCCCUUCCCCAAGAGCCCCGAGGGCCGCGGGCUGGGCCCGGGCGGCGGCGCGGGGGGCGGCGCGGCGGCUCCCGUGGGCCCCGAGCCCCCGGACGCGGGCCCGAAGCCGCCGUACCCCGCGGCGGCGGCGGAGGGCGAGGGCCCGUUCCCCGCGCCCGCGGCCCCCCCGCGGGCGUCCUCCUCGCCGUCGCCGUCGCCCCUGCGCACGCUGAGCCUCCGCGCCCCGGCCCCGGCCCCCGCCCCCGCCCCGGAGGCGGCCCCGCCGUCGGAGGCGGGCGCGGCGCGCGGCAGCUCGUCGCAGGGCUCGCUCAUGGAGCAGAUCAGCAGCGUGGUGACGCGCUUCACCGCCAACAUCACCGAGCUCAACUCCAUGAUGCUGUCCUCCGCGGGCCCCGGGUCCGGCCCGGGCCCCGGCGCCGCCCCGCUCUGCUCCGCCUACCUGAUCCCCAAGGAGAUCCAGCUGCCCGCCACCGUGACCACCCUCGCGGAGAUCCAGCCGCUCCCGGCCAUCGAGGUCACCGGCGGCGCCCCGCCCGGGCCCGGGACCUCGCCCCCGGGCGCCGCGUCGCCCCCCGACGCCCCGGCGGCGGCGGCCGGGCCCGGGCCGGAGGCCGCGCCCGGCAAGCCCGACCUGGAGGAGCUGGUGGCGCUCACGCCGCCGUCCCCCUUCCGAGACUCGGUGGACUCGGGGAGCACCACCCCCAACUCGCCCGUGUCCGAGUCCGCCCUCUGCCUCCCGUCGUCCCCCAAGUACGACGCGCUCGUCAUCCGCGACUACACGCAGAGCUCCUCGUCCUUGUGAGCGCGCGGGGGGCCGGGGAGAG